AUGGAUUAUGAAAAUAUUAUCCAAUUUGCACUUACUGACUACGCAACUCAUACAAGAAAUCCGAUUCCACGUCCUCAUAUGAUAUUUGAUGAAAUAAUUGAGACUCUAGUUGGAUUCACCUUGAAAUUACAAAAUGAAUUUGGGAAACCAGUUAUCCUAAUGCUUGGAAUAAUAGCACUGUUUAGCUUUCUAGUAUUGAUUAGUUUGAUACUAGUGAUAGGAUUUUGGUUCGCUGGAUCUUUUGAACACGAUUAUGAAGAGCGUGUCUCAAUGACAACAAUAGCACCUUAUGAAGCUGAUGAUAACAACAAACCGAAGCUUGUUAAGAAAUCAAAGAAUGAAUGAUGCACAAUUGUUUCUAUUUUACCGUAUUGGCAAAAGACUGCUGUAUCACACACGUAUUCCGUUAAACUGUGAAUUCUUCCAACUAAUCAAAACCUCACUCUUAUAAAAAUUCAUAUACACCGCGUAAAACGUUGACGAAUUUUCUGUUGCCGCAAAAUGGUCAUGAUUUUUAAAUGCACAUUUUGUCUGAUGUUCAACACACAUAUAAUUUUGCGAAACAUAGUCAUAUCUUCUAGUUAAACAGGAUUCGAAGGGUAUCUGUAACACCUAAAAACACAGAUUCUCUAAUCGGAAAAUGUAAGGAUGGGACAACUGAUACUCGAUUUCACAAGCAAACAGCCUUCUGAAUUAAAGACAACUGUAUUUUGGUAGCUAACUUAACAGAUCAGGGCUAAUCAAACCUUUGAAGAUGUCUCAUCUAUGUGAAAAUAAAUAUUUAUGAUGAUUGAUUAAGUAUGAGAGACGUUUCAACAUAUUUGUUUCAGUCAGUGCACAAGAUUUGUAGUUCAGGAUGAGGACAGUGUUCAUCUCUAGAUGUUUCAUAUAGGAGUAAAGUGCUGGUGAAGUCGCCUAGCCUGGUGAUGAAA